CGGCUGACAUGAUGCUCGAGGCCAAGGAAGGAGCGCUGGACGAGGCGAAGCGCGCGCGGGCAGCAGGGCUCUCAUGGCUGCUGCCGGCCACCGUCCUGCAGGUGGUCCACUGCCUUGAUACGCCCGAACGUCCUGGUCUUUCUCCAUGCCAUGCCAAGCAACGCCCGAGGCGUCAUGAGCACGCUCAUGACGCUUUUAGAAGACAAGCCGUACCUUUGGCCGGUCACCAAUGCCGACGUCUUGAACGUCUUUAACGCCUCGAUGGUGGCCGCCUCGCUACCAGCGAUCCGCCUGCUCUGGAUCAAGGAUGGUAGCGACAUUGAUGAGCUCUGCGGUAGUCUCUCGCUGCCGCUGGCGACGCCGGUCCGAGCGACUGUCUUCUAUCCGCAGUUUCCGUCGACCGCAUGGGUCGCCAACAUUGUCGAUUUGACGAUCGUUGUCACGUCCACGCCGCUGGACGGCCGCGAUCUGCAAAAGAAGCUGGCAGCCCGGCCGCAGGCCAAGGCGUUCAAGCUUCUACGCAUCAACUUUGUCGCGCGUGUCGCCAAGACCUUGGCGCACGCACUGCUCUCGUCAAAGACGCUUCGCACGAUCAAGCUCUUGGAUGUGUCGAACGUUCUCAGCGCGUUUCUCGAUCCGUACUACGCUCCGCUGCCAUCGCAGCUGCGCAAUCUCGCCUUGGACUUUACGGCCGACUGGGACGAUGUACCGACGCUCGCCGACAAACUUGCGCCCUUGACCAUCCGCAGCUUGGACCUUCGCUUUGACACGAGCCCCGACAUAUCGUGCGUCUUGGCGGUCCUGCCACCGACGCUACGGAAGCUCAAGGUGGACCACGUCCGUACCACGAGCUUCCCGAAGCUGCCCCGGCUCCAACAACUGGGAUUGUGGUCGACGCCUUUGACAGACAAGGCGGUGGCAGAUAUCUCAGCGCUGCUUGCCGCGUCGACGACGCUGUCGCGGCUCAAUCUCGCCGAGUCGGGUGUCCCCAAAGACCAACUCCGAACGAUCUUGUACGCUCUGCCGCGCUGUUUGAGUCGCCAAGCAACAGCGUGCACCGCGCGCCUCCCCGUGGCGAUGGACACGGAAGCGCUCGUGGCGACCGUGUUGUUUCAGACACGAAACACGCAGCCGUUCCAAAGCUCUUCGUCCGACGUCCACUCGCCCAAACAGUAA